ACAUGUUUAAUCAGCAGCAGUAUUAACCAACCAGGCUGCAGCCCCCUCCCCUGUUACAGUCACUUUCCAUAACCCUUGUGUACCUCCCUCCUCUCUCUCUCUCUCUGUUACUCACUCCCUCACCAACUCUCCCAUCACCAACUCUCCCUCUCUAUUAAGUUUCAAGCGCCUCUUCCUCCUGAACUGAACAACACACACCAAACAGGUCAGACUUACUCUUAUUUUCACUAAAGUGCAUUGGUGAGUUUUUGCUUUCGUCCUGCCACACAGUUUGCUGUGAGUUCACAUUUUCACAACUGCAGAUGUUUGCCACAUAAAAUGCACCAGUGUGUACACACAUAUCUUCUGGUCAACAGCUACAGAACUUAGGGCAGUGCACCGCAGUUUUUUUUUCUGCAACCUCAACACAGGCAUGGGUCCGGGCUUUGGAUGGGACGUUAUUUUAAAAAGGACUGUACGGAAAACAGACACUGGCUCUCCUGGUCCUUGCCUCCAUCAAUCCCCAUUUUAUUAUCACCUUAUUUCAGCUGCCCUCUUUAAAUUGUUCUAUUUAUAUAUCACUCUGACCAAUUUCAGGGUCCAGCCCACUUGUUUGAUUUCAUUCUUUCUUUAUUUUUCUUUUGCUUAAAUUAAUCUGUCACAGAAUAUUCUGUAAACUAGAGGUGUCUCCACUCCACUUUUUCAAAACACUUUUAAUCUCUUAACCUAACUUUUUUCCCUUAAAUUUUUUUUUUUUUUUUCCUUUCCUGAUUUAACCUCUAAUCUGCUAAUCUAAUUCAUAUCCUGAGCUUCCAUUCUGUUUUUUUGUCCUCUUUAGCCUCAGUUACAUUAGAUCAAUAUGUGGUCCAAUUUCUUUGUACAGCAGGAUGAGGAGGGUCGCAUUGGGGUGGCAGGGGCAGGCCAAGGUGGAGGUUUGGGUGGGAAGAAAGGUGGUAGGGGUCAGAGGCGAAGCCAGAAGAUGAGCGACAGCCAGGAGGGCAAGAUCAAGCUGGCCUUCUUCAUAUCUAUCAUUGGUGUGACCCUGACGGUGUUGGGCAUGGGAACAGAGUUUUGGGUGGAACUGUCCCAAUCAAAGAAUUUCAGUGGGAACCAGACCUGCCAGAUGGCCCAUUAUGGUCUGUGGAAGGGCUGCAUCCGUACCCUGUGGGUGGCAGACAUAGACCCAGAGAGGACAAGCUGUGGCCCUGCUGAACUACCUGGAGAAUCCAACUGCACUUACUUCAAAUUCUUCACCUCUGGGGAGAAUGCAGUCAUAUUCAAGAAGACGACAAACAAGAAUCUGAAUCUAGCUGCAGCUGUCUUGGCCCUGAUGAGUCUCACCAUGAUGGUGAUGGGCUCUAUCUGUAUCGCCAUGUCUCUCAGCAAAGGAGUGCCCUUUUUCCUUAAGCCAGCUUCUUUCUGUUUUAUCCUAUCAGGCGUACUGGUGCUUCUUUCUAUCCUUCUGUUCCACCAGUCAGUACUGGCUCUACUGUCCAGUGACCACUCCAUACCUUUACAUCAUGAGCUCUCCUGGUCUGUGGCCUGUGUGGGCUCAGCAGGAGCCAUCCUUAUCUUUGGAGGUGUUCUCUUCAUCCUUCUCUCUCUACCUUACAGCCCCUGGCAGAAAUGCUUCCCGCACAAGAAUAGCGCUACCUAGCACUUACAAAAAAAAAAGCAUGCUUUUAAUGUUGUGUUUAAGAACGAAUGAGGAGGUCCAUUUUGUGAAGGCUGUAGCUUUACUUGUUCUCUGCAUUUCGUUUGUUGUUGAACUGUCAUUAGGUCUUAAAAAUAUAGAAAAAGAAUAAAAUAUAAACAACAUCUAAAAGGACCCCCUGCAGGGGGAAAUUUAGCUUAAAAUGAUUAUACUGUAAAUUAGUCAAGAAUAAUGAAAUGUCAGUGUUACUGCCAACUGAAUAUUUGAUUUUUAGCUCUGAGUUGUCUUUAUUUACACAAGCCUGCCUGUAGCUCUACAACCGCACAUAAAUCACACUAAAUCUAUCUUAUGUUGAGGCAAAUGAAAUGCUUUGCCACAUUAUUAUUUACUUUCUUCUUAAAUCACUUUAUAAUCUGGUUUCUUUCCACAAAUAUUACAAGUUUUUAUCACUUAAUACUUGAUUAACCAGUUUUACGCAUUAUUUAUUUUUAUGUGUUUUGCAAAUAUUGUGUGAAUGCUGCUUCUUUAUCUCAGAUGAAUGUAUGUUGAACAAAUGAAAGUAACUGUGAGAAGAGAUUUUAUAUAAUGGACUCACUUUUUAAGCUCACCUCUGUACAUAAAUUGUAUGUGUUAAUAUUUUAUGAAUGGUCACUGUUUUGUAGUGUUGUCUCCAGUCACUUUAUUUGAAACUAUGUAUACAGUUAAUUCACUUUGUCAUAGGAUGCUCACUUAAUAUCUCUACCAGGAAAUGCUAUUCAGUGAAUAAAUACUGUGCUCAUUUCUACCCGGAUAACUGUACAAUUUGUGGCAACAGUUUUGCUUACUAUUAAAGGGAUUUGACAUUA